AUGGAGCCAGAAAUUCUGCUGAGAACAGUGUAUGUGAUGCACCGCAAGGAAGGACAGGUUCUAAAUAUUCCCAAGCCCUCAUUUGUCCUCCCAUCACAGAAUGUGUUGUACUCACCUUUUUGUGUCGUUUCAGCUGCAUCUGUCCCCCCACCUCAUUCAACCAUGAAGCCUGGCUCCCCUGUCCCGAUGGGCACCGACAACCCCGGUGUCCGCAGGGCAGCUCGCUUGGGAGUUUACAGAUACAACAACAGCUCCAACGACCUCUUUCUCUUCAAGGAAUCCCAAAUUAAAACAGCCAUGGUACAGGUUGUCAGAGGGCUGAGGUACAUGCUCCACGUGGACAUUGGCCGCACUGUGUGCAAGAAGAGGGAGCGCUCCAACCUGGACAGCUGCCACUUCCAGAAGAAGAAGAACCUCCAACAGAUGCUGAGAUGCUAUUUUGAGGUCUGGAUAACACCUUGGUUACACACAGCUCGUGUUCCUGUUGCUCUCUGUUACUGAUUCACCUUGCCCCAUGGGAACCUGACUCACAUGAGAUCUACCAUCAUGAGUUUUCCCUUGCUUGGACUGUUGAGGCCAAAACUGAAGUGAGGAAGAGCUGCACAGGAUCUCCCCAGAGCUCUCCUCUCAGAGCUCAUGGCUGCUCUUCUCCCUGAGAAAGAUGCUCCAAAGUGACAAAGCUCUGCCUUGCCUGAAUUUCUUGCUGUCCAGCUGUGUAUCUGUGUUUUUCCCCCAAACUAAAGUGCAGAUGAGGCCAAUGCUGUCAUUCAUUCUGUGGAGGCUGAGUGCCCAAAGCAGUGUGAACACACCUAGGAAGCAGUGGUGGACUCGUGUUACUCAGUGAUGAAUCUUCAGGCAGCUAUGACAUGAACAAGGCUAAAGCACAGCACAU